UACUAUAAAACGUCAACUUGCAAUUGCAAAGUCCUUUGUUUCAACUUCACCGCUCUUCACGAUGACUUCGGGAACCAACUUCCACGGGAUGAUAGCGAUGGUUACAGGAGGGGGCAGUGGCAUAGGCCGUGCAGUGUGCCAGAUCCUCGCCCGUGAUGGUGCAAGAGUUAGUGUUUGUGACGUCAACCUGCAGUCUGCUUUAGAGACCGUAGCCUCUCUGGAACACCAAGGCGACCAUGUUGCCUUCUAUAUGGACGUGACAGACAAGAACUCUGUAAGCAACGCGCUCAGUGCCACUCAGGAGAAGCUCAAAGGCACCCCGACUUUGCUAGUUAACAGUGCUGGCAUCGUUCGACGUACUCGCUUCCUAGAGAUGUCAGAAGAAACGUUUAUGGAGGUCGUCCACGUUAAUCUCAAGAUGCCAAAUAUAUACGAGACUACUAUGGUCUCCCUACAGGGCACUUUCCUCGUCAGCCAGGUAGUCUGCAACGCCAUGAUAGACCGGGACGUAGCCAGGAAAGGGUCUGUGGUGAACAUAGCAAGUCUGGCAGGAAAGAAUGGCCUGGCUAUGAAGUCAGGGUAUGCGGCCACCAAAGGAGCUGUCAUGGCCCUCACAAAGUCGUGUGCCAAGGAACUCGCGAAGACAGGUAUCAGGGUGAAUUGCGUGCUGCCCGGGGCCAUUAGAACACCUAUGCUCGCUCUUAGUCCUGAGGAACAUGUCAUGGAGGGACUGAAGGCAAACCCCUUGGGGCGUGCUGGGGAGCCGGAGGAGGUGGCUGAGCUCGUAGCAUUUCUUCUCUCGGGAAAAAGCAGUUACAUGUCAGGCGCUGAUGUCGAAGUAACGGGAGGCCACGGUUUUUAAGAUUCCACUUUCUACUAAUUUCUCUCAUAUUUAUAUAUAUAUUUUUUUGUCUGCUUCCAUAUCUACAUAUUUUCUGUUUUUUCAUUACUGAAGGUGAAGGUUUUCAGAAUUAGAAGAAAAUAAAUAAGUCAAAAUA